AUGGGUGGUAAUGCUAGUCCGGAUAUUGCCGAUCUCACAAUGUCAGUAAUGGAGUAUCGCUUCCUUCGUAAGAAUCCGGGGUUUCAUCUCCAUCUCUUUCAAUAUAUCAAUGAUAUUUUAGUCGUGAAUUGCGCCAAUUUUGCUGAAAGUGUCAGCAAUAUCUAUGGGCCCAAUUUACAACUCAAUACUACUUACUCCGGACAAAUGCCUCUUUCUUAG